UCUGGAGCAAAUGUUUGGAGAAAGAACAUUUCUUUCACUGUCUACUCUGCACGGCGGGAAUCUUUUCCCGUUUUCCCCAAUAACGCCAACAGGCGCCGAGCGGCGACCCCGCAGUUGCACGACACUUGGGCACUUCCGGACGGUGCCCCGCCCCUCGGAUCCACGUGGUCGGCCGCGGGCUCGCGCAGCUCCGGGUUGGACUGGCUGCGGGAUGGAGGGGACCCAGUCUGGCGGUGCUGUUCGGUUCUCUUGUCCCCCCAACUUUACCGCGAUCCGCUCAGCCUCAGAGCCCUCUCGUCUCUCCCUAGAGAUGCUGACAGGCCCGGAUACAGAGCUGUGGCUGAUCCAGGCCCCUGCAGACUUUGCCCCAGACUGCCUCAAUGGGCGACUGGUGCCCCUCUCCGGCUCCCACAUCGUGAAGGGCAAGUUGGCAGGGAAGCGGCACCGCUAUCAGGUCCUCGGCAGUAGUGACCCUGAGACCGGAGAAGCCACCCUGCUGGCUCCCUCAGCACAGUCGGGAGGUGGACUCAGCUGUGCCCCUGCCCCCCAGGGCAGCCUAAGGAUCAUUGAGGGUCCCCAAAGACCACUGUCAGGGGUUCCUCUGCAGCCCAUUCCAACAAGCCCCCCACCACAGAUUCCCCCUGGCCUGAGGCCUCGUUUCUGUGCCUUUGGAGGCAGCCCACCGGUCACAGGGCUUGGGUCACCUGUGGCACCAAAGUCACCCUCCUUGGAGAAGAGGAAAAAGAGGCAGAUGCCAGAGAGUUCCACCACUCAGGAGGCAGUGAAUGGGUAUGGAGCCUCGGAGGUAGAGACAGAAAUGGAUGUGGGGAAGAAGAAAAAGAAGAAAAAGCACCAGCUGGAAGAACCGGGGGUAAUGGAGCCUAUGGUGAUGGAGCCCAAGACAGAGGUGUCGGAGCCUCUGGGUGCUCUGUUCCCACUCACCUCCAAGAAGCGGAAGAGGCAGCCCAAAGGGGCAGAAACAGUGGAGCCAACGGAGAAGAGAGAGGAGCUAGAAUCUGUAGUAACACCUGAAUCUCCUGAAGAGACGAUCCUCUCCCCGACCAAGAAGAGAAAGAGGCAGAAGGAGGCAGAAGGGAUGGAGCCAUCGGAGGGGGUGACAGUGGGGUCCCAGCCACAGGGGAAGGAGGAGCUGCAGGAGGAAGCCAUCCCACUGCCCCCAGGGAAGAAGAAGAAGAAGAAAAAAGAAAACAGGCCAGAGGUGACCAUGGAGCCAGGGACUGAGGCUGUUGAGCCUGAGGUGAGACCUCUGGCACCCUGUGGGCAAAUAAUAGAGCCAGAACUGCCAGAGGAAGUUGUUGAGCCUCAGGCCGAGGCAGCUCUGGUGUCCACCAAGAAGAGGAAGAAGAAAGAAAAGUGGCAACAUAUGAUGCUGGAGCCAGAGCCGGAGGGGGUGGAGUCUGAGCUGCCAGGUGACCUGGAACCUCAGGCAGCUCUAGCGUCCACCAAGAAGAAGGACAGGGGGCACAAAGCGGGGGAGCCCAGGACCAAGACGAGCAAGCCACCGAGGGAGGUGGCGGAGCCUGAGCUGCCAGGUGAGGGGGAGCCCCAUGCCAAGGCAGCUCUGGGAUCCACCAUGAAGAAGAAAAGGAAGUGGGGUCAGGAAAACCGGGUGCCAGACACCGCACCCCUAGCAGAGAUACCCGAACUGUCACUGAAUUUGGAGUCUGGGGAGGUGGAUCCCACAGAAAGAAAGAAGCAGAAGAGGAAGCCACCGGCCGAUCCUGUAUAGCCUCACCAGGGACACUGAGGAGCUAAAAAAGGCUGAAGGUGGCCACCUGGGGCAUUGGAAGGUGACACAGAAGCCGACACCUCCCCCACACUCACCCUCCAGCCCCAGCCAGCGACUGCACCAGCACUCAGCCAGAACCUGGCCCUGGACAAUGCUUUAUUGUCACACCAGCAUCUGGGGUCAUCAGGGCACCUUGAGAAAGGGCUCAUGCAGGACGUCAAACAGCCUCCGGGCCUUGGGUGGGAAGAAAAGAACCAGUCAUUAAACAGCCCUUGGUUGGCUAUAUCUAGA